UCGUCGAUACGUCAGUUUCAGUGAGAGACAACCAGUACGUCAGUCGACGAGAAAUUCGGGUAUUUUCUUCUGGAAGCAAAAAGCAACCAACAACUAAACAAGAUGCAAGGAAUGAGCUUGACCUCGCUGAAGAAGCACAAGGCUUUGAUCCCGCUGUACGUGUGCGUCGGUUUGGGUUGCGUCGGUGCCGUCUUCUAUACGGCCCGUCUCGCCCUCGCCAACCCUGAUGUUGCCUGGAACAGGAAGGAAGGAGAGAUCUCCAACGAGCAUUACUCCAACAAACAGUACAAAUUCUACUCCCCGAAUGUGGAUUAUUCCAAGAUGGAGAGCCCUGCCCCGAAAUACUAAACAAGUUGGAAUCAGCUGCUGCAGUGUACUCACUCUCUCUCAGCUCUAGUAUAUUGAAUAGUUAACAAUGUUUUAAAGUUAAUUAUAUUAAUUUUCCUAUCUUGUAAUGUGUAAAUAAAACAGAAGAAAUAGUGAA